CGAAUUCCCUUUACCUACCUUAUUGUACCCUAAACAAGACUUUCUGACUGUCGCCGCCGCCGACGACGACGACACCACUCUCGCUUCCCUUUUGCAUGUGCUUGCUGCGAAUUGUCGUCGGAUUUUCGCCUGUAGCUUGAAGCUUGCUUGUCCACAUCCCCCCCCUUCCUCCUCCUCGUCCCGACAUCCCGUCAUCGUCUUAUCUCCGGGUGUCAACAGACCGGACGACAGGCAGAGCGCAAAUAAAGACUUCACAUAUACACACUCGUUUUUUCUGUUGCCGUUUUUUUUUUUUUUAAGAUCCCUCCCCCUUCUCGUUCUGGUCGGUUUUUUUCUCCCACAAUGCCUUUCCUCGGCUUCCGAUGGGUCGUCAACUUCGUGUUGCUGGCCGUCCCCAUCGGCGUCACUCUCGGCGUCCUGAUGGGACUUGACGCCGGCAGAAGCGCAAAUGGCGAGAAGCCGCUCUUCACCGAGCCCGACAACCCCGGGACGAUCCCCAAGAACAACGGCAUCACGCCCAUGGUUUCGUGCGACAAGGCAAUGGGUCUUCACCCUCUGUCCAAGGGUCAGGAGUACACACUGAACCCGAACCAGUGGGGUUGGACCGAAGGCACAGAUGGUGCACUCUGCAUGAACGUCACCACGUUCAACAACCAGACCUACGCGACCGACUUCAGCGCGCCCGAGUUCUACGUCACAUGGCGCUACCCCCGCGGCCCGGAGACGCAGCCCGUCCACGCGUUCCCCAACAUCAAGGUUGACGGCAGCAUCCUCCCCGUCUCCCUCUCCUCGUUGACCAACGUCGACGUCGACGUCGAGUGGUUCUACUCGGUGGGCAACUACACCACCGGCGGCACCACUGCCUCCUCGACCGUCGCCGCCGAACUGGAAGAGAAUGACACCAACACCAACUGCGCCAUCGACAUGUUCCUCGACGAUGACAAGGAAAAGUCCAAGGACAGCACCAAGGCCAAGUAUGAGAUCAUGGUCUGGCUCGGCACCUUUGGCGCCGCGACGCAGCCCAUCGGCUACCAAGCCGGCGCUGGCGUCAUCACCACCGAGACCAUCAACGGAACGACCUUCGAACUCUUCUAUGGCCAGAACAGCCAGCAGCAGUACGUCCUCACCUGGAUGUCGACGGCGCCGGUCCCGCAUUUCGUCGGUGACCUGGCCCCCCUCAUCUCGAAGCUCACCACCAUGAACCGCGCCAACUUCCCGACGACGGCGACCUACAUGGGCUACAUGGGUCUCGGCUCCGAAGCUCUCUCGGCCACCGACGUCGUCACCUUCCAUGUGACGCAGCUGUCUAUGGAGAUUAAGGCGUCUUCUACGUCAUCGUAGGAGUAACUACAUUACAGACAGUCCCAAAAACAAAAAUGAGAAAAAAACAAGGCCAAGGCAAUGGUAAUGUGUACAUUGGAUAUUGGACCAUUUCUUCUUAUUUUUUUCCCAUUCCAAAGCGAGCAUUGAUAUCUAAACACACUAGACUAAUGAACUUGGGUCGGCGGGGGCCAGUGGGCAAUCUGGGAUCAUGAUGACAUAUAUUUACAUCACCGUAUUCUGUUUUUUUUCUUCUUCUUCUUUCUGUAUAUACGCAUACAUAUUCAUUGAACGGGAGUUUCGUGUACCGCAC